AUGACCAGUGGUUUUUGUAGUUGCUCCUCGCUUCGCUUUGCGGUGAAAUAUUAAACGUAUCUACUGUCUAUUCGGUUGAUUGUUUUGUUGGAAGUGUUUGUUAGUGAUCUCGAAAUUAACAUUUAGUAUUUAAUGCAGUUUAUAUACUAAAUCGCAAGUGAAUUUAAAGUGUUUUUUAAUAGUGCAAUUUGAUAUAGUAAAAUUAGUUUAUUUAAAAUGUUAGUGGUUGUGAGUGUAGUAUGUAUUUUUAAUUGUUUGUUUGGAAUAAGGAAAUAAAUAACUUACAAGAAGACUGCGUAUGGCCGAAAGAUACAUAAGAAGUCCUACGGAAGCGUCGCCGUACGCUUUUUGGACACAAAAAAAUGUUCUGUAUAAAAACAGUUACAAACAGAGAAGUUAUCAACAAACUGACUUAAAUAGAGUUAAUUCUGAUAUCCGCACAAGACAAGAUGUCAUUGAAGAAGCGAAUAAUAAUAAAGUUAGUAAACAUAAGACUGGAAAUAUCGACACACCCAUCGUUAUAGCGACUGAAUUAAAUCAAGAUAUAAAUAAUCAAUUAGACAAAGAAGAUGAGGAAGUCAGAAAGAACGUAUGGGGUGACGUUGACGAUGAUACCUACAUAGCAGAAAUAAUUAAAUUAAGAACUACAGAUGAAGUGAGACGGUAUAUUCGUGAUACUAGUGAUUAUAGUGAUAACAGUGAUAAGGUUGUGAGUAGUGAUAAGUUAGAUUAUAACGAAAUGUGGGAAUUGGAGCCCACGGACUUGACGGAGUGUGACUGUUUAGGGCCACCUCCAGAGUUCCUGCUGCCUCCGCCGCCAAGACCACCUUUCCUCCAAGCAGAUUAUUACUGUGGAGACGACCCAAUACCAGACUUGGAGACCUGCGACACUGAACCAAAGAUAGACGCAUACAACCACAGCGGGCCGUCGCUGCAGACAUCGGCAGUCAUCGCAUUGUGUUCUAUCGUCCUGGUGCUCGGCAUCUUCGUUGGUGUCAUACUUGUGUGGAAGCAUAAACGGAAAGUGACCAAUCUACUGCCUUCAAAAUCCUCGGCUCCAAACCAAAGCGCCGGGUCUCAACGUCGAGCACCGCCGCCUGCACCCCUAUACGAAGACCUUCAGGAUCUGCCGAGAAGACCACCACUGCCACACAGGCCUGACUUGGAGCCUCAAUUAGAGAUGGUGGAAACGAAAAGACCUAAUUGUGCCGGACGAGUCUUCGUUUGUGGAUCCGGUGGCACCUGGCGUGGUGGGAAUUCGUGUGGGGGCGACACGUGUGGUGCACCACUUUAUGAAGAACUCCCACAUCGAUCAGACGACUCCCUACACAGUGAUGAUCAUUUCGCUGAAGACGAAUUGAGUCUAGUUGGGGAAGCUGCACCUUGUCGGACUUGUUUGAGACCGCCCGUGCCUCAGUCUUUACCUCACCGUCCUAGACAACAGCGGUUAGACAGAAGACCCAAAUCCUUAGACCGCAGGAGAGCCCAACACAGGAUGCCUCGACAUAUCCAUCCACCGGACCCUUCGGAAUUCCAUGAGGGUGUUUUAUUGGAUGCUUUAUUAAGAUUGUAUCCACAAGUGGGUACAGUUGGGGCUAGAGCUCCAGGGCCAAUGGCUGUUGGAGCAGGAGGGGCUUGGCCAGGGGGCGAAUUACCUGGUAUUGGAUGUUGGAGAGGACCAAGAGCAUCUCCGAAGCCUCCCAGCGGAGAUUCUUCGUUUGGUUCCGACUCUGGUUAUAGCAAUAAUACGUGCGGUACUUGUGGUACUAGAGCUUCGUCAAGGCACCGAUUAUCAGCUGAAAUUCCUAUGUCAUGAACAGAUAAAGACUUUAGUGGAUGGUGUGAAAUGGUCAGGUGCCAUAAUUCUGUCUCAUUGAUACCGGACUAUCAAUUUAAAACAGGAAUUAAUAUAAUCGUUUGUAUAGUGAAUUUUUUAGAUUUACUCACUGGCCUAAUUCGGUUAAGAUGGCCUCAAUUUUUCUGCCUUCUAGAACAGUGUUUGUUCAAUAAUUAGAAACAACUGUUCAAUAAUAAACCAUAUUACAUCCUCGUAGGGACUAUUUUCUACUAUUCUGUACAAAAAUAAGUCUAUUAAAGUAGAGAACUUGGCCCUAUUAGGAACUAGAGAGAUUGAUCCGUUUCUUUUUCUAUUAUAUGAAUAAUAUAAUUUUGUACAAAACUACGUGACCAUAUUUGAGUAGUGAUAGAAGUUUCGUCCUAGUAAGUUAUUUGAACUAGUCCUAAAAUUAUCACAAUUGUCGAAUUAUUAAAGUUGGACACAUUAUUGUGUUGGAUAAAUGCGGUGUAUAUCGAUUUCUGAAUUUGUAGAUAUUGUAAAAAGUAGAUAAACUAAUUAAGUGAAACAAUGGGUUGAAUUUUAUAAUCAUAUCAUAAAAUAUUCACAAUACAUUAAAAACAAUAGUUGUUAUAUCACAAUUUCUGACUUUCUUUUCUAUUUCUUUGUCACUGGUGCUAUAACUUUCUAAAUUAUUAGAACACAUUGUAUUUCUUACAAAUAUUUUAUGAUAUUUUUUUCUUUCAUAACUAUGUAUAUUGUAUCAGAAAGUACAACCUUCUAUAGAGUUAACAACAGAAUUUCUCCUUUGUUAAAUCUAUACAUAUGAGUAUGUAAAAUAUCAACUGCUUUAUGUGAAAAUUGGAAAUUAUGUAAUAAUUUGAUUGUCGAAAAAUUGUUUUUGUUUUCUGUUUUUAUUGUAUGUAUAAUUUAUUUUUUUAUAUUUUGUUCCAUUUUGUAUAGAUAUAAAGUUGCAAGAUUAUUGUAAUAAAAUCGUGGAACGGCAAUUCGAUUUAUAAAAUAUGAAAAGCACAAUAAAAUGAA